GCACCUGCCGCCGCAGAGCAUGGAAGAGUACCACCUCGGCGAGCUGGUUGAGCCCAUGGUCUGGGUGUAUGCAGAGGAUGUGUAUAGAUUUGUCCCAUCUAUUGUGUGGGAUAAAUUUGCGACUGUCUUCCCCAGAGUCUGGACUGCCUCUGCUUUCAAGGGUGCCUUUGGAGAGACAAUGUACAUUCCCAACAUAAAGCGACAUUUAGAAAAUAACUUGAAGUGGUUAGAAGUUAUGGCGAGUGAAGGACCUAAAUUUAAGGAAGGAUUUCAAGGCCUUGUUAUAACAGGAUGGCAACGGUAUGAUCACUUUGCUGUUCUAUGUGAACUGCUACCUGCAGCGAUUCCUUCGCUUGCGGUCAAUCUGCUAACAGUAUCACAUGGAUACAUUAAUCCAUCUCUCAAAGGGAAACUCAGCACUGCAUUAGGGUGCAGUAUGAGCAAUGGCGAUGGAUCAAUGUCAGGAAGAAGCGAUACUGGAACCAAUACUGAUCAAAUGUUCCUUAGUCUUAAUUCAGAUCCUUUCUUGUGGGAUAUGUUUAACCGGUGUAACUUUCCCGGUGUCCCCUUCUUCCGUCUCACCUAUCGACUCCACAAUGUUCAAAGGGAAGUGCGGGACUUCCUCCAUUCUGUCACAAAAGCCAAAGGUUGGAUGACUGACUUUAAUGUAAGACGCAACUUUUCAAGUCCGUUACGUGUUGACGAGCUCAUGAUGGAACAGCCCCGAGUAUAUCACUCAUUAGUUUCAGUUGCUCACUCUGCAAAUGAUGCAUUAAAGGAUGUGUUUGAUGCUCAUACUAUUGCUGAAUGGGUGGAGCAAAGACUUUAUCCAGAUAUCAAAAAACUAGAAAGGCUAGCCCAAGAAGCUACGGCUCUAAAGGGUAGAAAAGUGUGGCCAAGAAGACCACUAGCCCCACUUUCAGAACUUCGCAGAUUUGGAGUUGCCCUGCCAGACAGUGAAAAAACAGAGACCAUAACAGAUAGCCCACAUUCACCAUGACUGCGAAAAUUAUAAUCCUCUGGAUUUAAUGAUCACAUGAGGGUCUUUUCCCUUGCAUUGUGUUUUAAAUGCUUAGAGAGACCAACAAAUUGUCACUACAGCAUGAAAAGUCAAUGCAAUAUUUUUUGAAGUGACUCUGAAGGUUUUAAAAUGACAAAUUAUUUAUUAUUUGAAAGUGUAUUAUACCCAUACUUUAGUAGAUCAUUUCUUUGUAGUAUUUAUUUGUGGCAGACUUCAUUCUAUUGAAUGACAGAACCUCUUAUUUGUAGUUUUUUUCUUCUUUUUUAAAAAAAGAAUAAUAAUUGUACCUGCUGUUUGGCUUUUUUAAGCCAGCUUAUAAGUGGCUUGUCGACUUUUGACUUUCUUUCAGUAUCUAAAGACACAAUCAAAUGAUAAGCUAUUUUGAUGAAGUGAGGACAUUUCUGCAUUUGACAUAUUAUUGGAAGAUCUUUGUUCACUGAUUUUAUCGAAUUGAGUUGUCGUCAAAAAAUUUUAGAUGGUGGGUCAUUCAUUGUCUUGGAAUAUAAUCUAAUCUACUAGGUCUGUAUGUAUAUCUCAGAAGAGUGAUAAGGGUUGCCUGAGAACAUCAAGAAUGUACCGAAAUAGCUUGCAGAGGGAAAAGCUAGUUAUUUUGUGGGAGCAUUGAGUUUUGCCCCAGGAGUUAAAAUGACUGCUUUUGAAAAUGGUUAUCGACAUCUCACCUUAAGCCAUUCAACAUGCAGAGGGUGUAAAUUGGCACCUUUAGACUGAGAAAAUAGAUGUGGUUAGUCAUUUGGUUCAAUUUUCUGUGCCAAAUGCACUCUACCUUUAAUAUGUGUGUAAACAUAUUAACUAAAUAGUCAGCAAUGCCAAUCAUUGAUAUAUAAUUAUCAUUGUGGUCUCUCCUUUACUCUGUUGCACUUUCAUUUUUCAAAUUUUAAGAUUUUUUAAAUGAGUGAUAUUGUAAUCUUGUUUUCUGAGAGAGGGUCCAAAAUACUUAAGUCAUUGGCUAUUUGUGUCAAAGGAAUUUUCUUUUAUACUUUUGUGUCUUUCUAUUCCCAUUAUUGCCUUAGAUCAAAUUUUGUAUUCACACGAUUUUCUUCUAUGGAAAUUAGGUUUUGACAUAUUAAUGUUUCAUGUAUUCUCUAUUCCCUGUGGCUACUAGACAUACUGUAGUCAAGGAUUGAACAACGGAAAACCUUUUGAAUUGUUUAUGUUAGGGAACUUGAGAGAUUGCUUUCUGUGAUUUUGUUUUCAAUCUGCACAACAAUUUUUUAAAUGAUUUAUUACUGCCCAACUUUUCUGUUUCCUUGUAAAUUUAGAAAGUUUUUUUUAUGCAACAAUCUUUGAGCUUAUUAUUACAGAUCUUAUGUAAAUCAGCAUAUUACAGUUCAUAUGUUAAUCACUCAUCUUUAACUGUCAUCUUUUUGGUGGAAAUGUUCUCCCUGAAAACCUGUAAGAAAACAGUUUCUUUCCCAGAAAAACAGUGUUUUUAAAUCAAUAGACUUGAUUCAGAAUUUUCCUUGGUUUGAAAGGGUUUUUGCUGGCAUUCUUCUAAACAUCCAAUACAGUAAUUAAAACUUAGUGAGGUUGUUGAUUUUCUUGCUCAUGAUUAGUUUCAUAUAAGGCAUCCUUCAAAAGCUAAUUCAGUUGGGGAGUGUAAUUAAGUAACAGUGCUGGAAUCCAUUGGAUACUUAGUGUCAUUGCAUAUAGGUGGUGUUUCUCAUUCUGUAUUGCACUUCAGCAUUUAAUACACCGCUAGUCAUUUCAAUUUUGUAAUUAUUUUUAUUUUCGUUGUUUUUCCUGGUCUCUCUCAAAAACGAAGUCCAAGUAUAUUUCAAACAACCCAAAUUUCAAUAUCUGUUCAUCGUUUCAGGAGAUCGAUAAUAGUUCACUGUAGUAUAGUGUUAACCUUUGUACGACUUUUUUUUCUUAUUAUUUCAUAAUCAAUUUGCGCUAUGUACAGUUCUUUAGGCCAGUAUUUUUACUUUUUCUCCAUUGGUCCUUAUCUAUUUAGGGCUCCCAGUUUAUUACAAUGACUGUAAGUAAUAAUUUUGAAAAUCUGUGCUAGAAGCACCAUGUCAUUUAUUGUGAUAAAACAGUAUAUUACUUUCAUGUGUCUUGAGUUUUGUUAUUAUUUAUCAACCAUAUGUUUAUUUCAGUUGUGAGUUUUCCUUAUUUACUUACUGUACCUGCUAUAUUCUUCUUUUGCCUCCUUUGUGUUAUAUUUACUACUGUUCUGAUUUUGACAAAUCUCAUUAUUCUUCUUUCUUCUGUAUUGUUCAUAGGCACAUAAUACUUAUACUUUUGUGGAACACUUCCCUUAAGAAUUAUUUAUUUGCUGGUUUUAUUUGAUUGUAGAACUUUUAUUCAGUAUUAGGUUUUCCUGUGUGCUUGUAAGUGAUACUUGAGAAUGGUAUAUUCCAUCAGCCUCCCUGUUACCACUGUUGACAUUUGGACAAUUUGGAUGUUAGUGGACUGUAUUAUCAGAAUAUUUAGUUUGCUUUUUGUAUUAUGAAAAAAUUGUAAUAAUUGUCAACGAACCUGAUAAGAAGCCAGGCUUCUUUAGAAGCACAUAGACAAAAUGUCUCAACAUCCCUGGAUUAUGUGAUAAUACUGCAUUGUACUUGAUAGGUUCUGUGAUGAAUCUCCAGGUGAUUUUAUUUCUGUUUAAUUUUCCGUAGAGAAUUAUUUCUUGCUGUUGUUUUACUGUCCCAAAGUCAAGAAAUCUUUCUCUUUUUAAGAAAAAAAUAUAUUUAUGAGAUUAAUUACUAUUUAAAAAAUGGUAUGGUUUGUGGUCAAGUGUGUGCCGUAUGAGUAUUUGUUUAGUAUGAUGUGUAUGUGAAAGAGGUGUGAAUGUGUACAGGUUUAUGAAUAAUAUUGUGUGGAGGUGGACUGUUGUUACCUUUGAGGCUUUAUAGGUUGUUAAUAGAGCAGUUGCCAUCCAUGUUGUGGACAAUUGUUUUAAAUGUUUGUAAUUGUUUUAGGAGCAUGAAGAGAUCUGAAUAAUUUCAGUUGUUCAAGACUCUCUUGUAAAAACGAAAGAAAAAAAAUAAAUGCAACUACUUUUCA